ACAAUCAAAUUUUCCAGAAUUUUUGCUUUUUUACACAGAUAACAAAAAAAGGAAAUAUUAGCACAAAUGGAUAAAAGAUUGGACGAAACGGAAGUUAGAAGGAUCCGAAUCCCUCAUAUAUUUAUUUCCAAUGGUGGGUCGGGUCGGGUCGGGUCUCUUAAAUCUUAAAAUCCCCACCAUAUUCAUACCCGCUUUCUCUGGUCCUUGCACUUAUUAUUCAGAAAUGACUCAAAUUCCCAUUUUCACUUCUCUCCAAACCUUCAUCAUCAACAUAUUCAUACUAGGUGCAUAGCAGUAGGAUUGUCGUCCAGGCAUUGCCUGCACCUGGGACUCCAGACUAUUGGGACCCUAAGAAGAGUAAGCGUGGUUUUUAUCCGAAAAAACUGAACAGCAAAGCUAUUUGUAGCAGAGGGCCUUAUCGAAUGAAUCAGAUGCAUAGCAGUAGGAUUGUCGUUCAGGCAUUGCCUGCACCUGGGACUCCAGACUAUUGGGACCCUAAGAAGAGUAAGCGUGGUACUUAUCCGAAAAAACUGAACAGCAAAGGUAUUUGUAGCAGAGGGCAUUGUAACAAUGAUGUGGAUGACGUCAUUCCCCAGCAGUCAAAAAGAAUAAGAAACAAGCAAAAUAGGAGGAUUGAUGCUGUGUGUUUUGAUAAUAUUGACCACGUGGUAGGAGCUCCAUGUAGGAUCACAAGUCAAGAAAAAAAUUCGCAUACAUGGUCUUCCGACAAUAUCGUCUCAAAUACACAGGUAAGAAGUUGCAUUGCGGACUUGAGCGCAUGGAAGGUAAAGAGAAAAAGAAGCAUUGUGAACAGCAGGUCCAAUUCCUUUGAAAAUAAUGUAAUUACUUGGGAAUCGGAAAGUGCUGCUUCUGUACUAGGAAAGAAUAAUAUGGAUAAAGGUAGAAUUUCAGAGAUGGGAGUUAACACAUGCUAUGAAGGAGAUUUGGUGAUGAGGAGUAUUGACAUAGGGAUAUGUCCACCUCAGAAUACAUGUGAUGGGGUAGAAGAAACUAGUAGGAAUAAUCCCUCCCAGUCUAGUGGUACUGAUCGUCAUCUUGAAACUUGUAGUGAUAGGUGCAGUGACAUUUCUAAGGAUCACGUUUUGGUUACUUCAGAAUCGAAGUCUGUCUCUGAAGUUGAAAAUCGGAACGAGCCAGCUGCUAAUGUAGACAAUAGUAUGACUACUGAAAGUGGUGAUUUUGUUGAGGUCAAUAAUGCUGCAAUUGAGUUGAGGGGUUUCCAAAUAUACCCUAGGCUGGAAGUGCUGAUAACUUAUUCCAGGAAGAGGAGAAAGAAUUCUAGCGCUUCUGCAAACAAUUUACCAUCGAUCAUGAAGGAUGCGACCUCCUCUCUCCCAAUAACAGAAAACAGAACAACCACCCCCAGCUCAGACCAUUGCCAAGUGUCCAUAUCCUACUUCGACAGUUUGCCUGAAGAAGUCAAUGACGGAGGUGGUACCUUGUUGAUGGGUAGGCAACAAAUGUUACUGGAGAAGGCGGGAGUUGACAGUCCAUCCAGUGAAACAUGGAAUAAAAAGGAAGCAGCUCAGGUUGAUAAUCAUAAAGAGACCGUCAACAGUUCAAUGGCUUCUGUCAACUAUGAGUCUCCAAUAGACUCCAAGGCAGAAAAUUAUGAGCAGGAGAGGAGAACCGAGACAGACACUGUCGUGAAUAUGCCAUAUGAUAUUGAAUUUGCUAAAGAGAGUUCACAUUAUGCAACACCAUGUGAUCUUAGGGCCUCCAAUGACAUUCAUAGUAUUGUCACAACCAUUGAACCUUUAAAUGGGGAAGGACUAUCAACAGCUGAAGAUAGUCCUUCUCAGUCAAGAACGAUUGGUUUUGAAGGUGGGCGGAUCCAAAUCACAAAUGUGGGUGUCAUCCCUCCAUUGGGGAGAGCGUUUAAUACACGUUCCAGUAAAAAGCUUCUUGUACUUGAUAUCAAUGGAUUACUUCUUGAUAUUCUCCCACUUUAUUAUGUCCCAUAUAGGUUGAAACCGGAUAUCAUUAUAUCAGGGAAAGCAGUUUUUAGAAGGCCUUUUCAUGAUGAUUUUCUGCAAUUCUGCUUUGAGAGAUUCAAUGUAGGUGUAUGGUCAUCAAGGAUAAAGAGAAACAUGGAGUUGGUUCUUGAUUUUCUUUUGGGAGAUGCCAAGCACAAGUUGCUCUUUUGUUGGGAUCAGUCCCACUGCACUGAUACAGGCUAUCCUGUUGUUGGGAAAAACCGGAGCAAACCUAUUAUCUUGAAGAAUCUUAAGAAGUUAUGGGAUAAGUCUGAAUCGGAUCUUCCGUGGGAGAGAGGUGAAUAUGAUGAGUCAAACACACUUCUAUUGGACGACUCUCCUCACAAAGCAUUGUGUAAUCCACCAAAUACAGCAAUAUUUCCAAACUCAUACCACUUCAGAGAUAAGAAUGAUGACUCGUUAGGGCCUGGUGGUGAUCUGCGCGUUUAUCUUGAAGGAUUGUCCAUGGCAGAAAACGUUCAAAAGUAUGUAGAAAGUAAUCCAUUUGGUCAACGACCUAUCACUGAAAAGAAUGCAUCUUGGCGUUACUAUCGCAAGGUUAUUGCAGCCGCUAACUAUUUACAAGAACGUGCUGCUAACAAAUACUCUACUUAUAAUUGUCGAUACUGAUGGAGGUCUUGAUUUCUGCAAAAACCGGUGUCUUUUUGUAUUAUAUUUGGGUCAAUAGCUUUUGUAUAGGGGCAACAGCCUACUACAUUUCGGCCGGCACAUCUAAGAACAGAUAUUGUUUUACUUUUUUACCUUAUCCCUAACCCAAAUAUGUGUAGUUAUUUUUGCCCCAGCUAAACUAUUUGGGGAGCAAGUUGUAAAUCUCAGGGCUAAGUUUUGUUGCA